AUGUACUUCAAGAACAUGCUUGAAGGUUAUUGUGUGGGUCUUAGGAAUUUCGUACAGUUUGUUAUAGAACCCGCUCCAGAGCACUCCAUGGACUUCAUUAUCAAUCGGCUGCGCAAGCAAGAUCCAACCAAGUCUUCGAAACUUUCGUUUGUCGUGGAGGCUGAUCUUCACAAUAUAGUGCAGAGGUUCAAUAUGAUACCAGGAUGGAGGCACAAGGACGAUGUCACUUCUUUGCAAAUGCGGCAUGAGGAGAACAACGUUGAUGAUGGUAUCAGGUGCUUCGAAUUGCCUCAAGAUUCUAGUGGCAGAGGUUUUCUGCUAGUGAUAAUAACACCACUGAUGGCGGAUUGGAUCCGAAAGUACUCAGGAAAAGGGGUGUCUCUCGACGACACAUUCAACACGACUAGAUACAGUCUGCGAUUAGCUACUUUGAUGGUCAUGGAUGAGAAAGACCGCGGUCUCCCAGUAGAUAUCCUUGCUUAUCUGCACGGAAUGAAUCAGAAGGCCAUGGCUGAAUAUCUUGAAAAAAAUUAUUUAGGGAGAACGCCUACCUGGGCAUCGUUCGCGAAUCGGGGUGCUGUCCUCGAUACAACGAUGAUAAGUGAACGCUUUCAUCUGCGUAUUAAAGAUGAAUUCCUUCAUCGCAAUUCGAACUCCCGUGUGGACAGCUUCGUCGACCUUUUGGUGAAAGCUGUUGAGGAUAUUUCGGAGUCUUUGGAAGUUAAGAAGAACACACAUUGUCUCAAUUGCGGGGUUUGUGCUUAUGCAUGGAGCUGUACAUGCAUGGACAAUAGGACUGGCGUCAGCUGUCCCCAUAAACACGCUGUUAAACUACUAACCCCAGAAUGUCUGCCCUCGGAAUGUGUUCAAGAAAACGCGCCAGACUUCGUAGUCGAAAUGGAUACUCCCGUCGUGGAGGCACAGGAGCGCAAAGAAGCGCGUUAUCAGAAACUCAAUGCUAUCAGAAGUACUUAUGCCGCUAUAGAUGCCAAGGCUUCCUUGUUGGCAAAGCUAGAUACGGAUGAGGCAAUGGCCCCGUUGCAGGAUAUUUUGAAUCGCAUGCAGUCGACAGCUGGAACUAUAGAGACAUCUUCAAAUACGCUUGCUCCUCGACCAGAGCUAAAUGGAAUUGGAGGCAAACCUCAGCUAACCAAAAUACAGCUGCACCAGGAGGAAAAGCUUCAUAAAUUCGUACAUAUGAUAUCCUCACGUGGUAAUGCAGCAUCAUUUAGAACUCCUAUUGAAGGGAUAUGCAUGAGGUCGACUGCUCGAGAAUUGUUGGAAGUAAAAAGAUCAACAAAACAUAUAUACAGUUCAUCUCAUUCCAGCAAUUGCUCAUUCGUCAUUUCGACGAACAUGUGGUAA